AUGAUGACAUCUUUUGCUCUACUUUGUCUAUCGAUUACUAUAAUUGAAUCCAUGGCAGGAAUUCUAGGAAAUGGAAUUAUCUUGGCUGCCAGUUCAAUGAGCUGCAUGGGGAGCAAAACAUGGCCCCCAUUUGAUAUGAUCAUGAUCGCGCUGAGUUCAUCUAAAGUAAUUUUGCAGUCAUGGAAUACACUGGAUUUUUUAAUGAGUAUAUUUUAUGAGCCCAUCUUUUAUAAAGAAAAUGUGUACAUAGCUUCGAAGACAAUUUUUACAUUUCUGAGCUACUCCACCCUCUGGUUUGGAGCCUGGCUUAGUGUCUUCUAUUGUAUCAAGGUGGCCAGCUUUACACAGUCUUUCUUCAUCUGGCUGAAGCUCAGAAUUGCCAGGCUGGUGCCCUGGAUGCUGCUCACAUCAUGGCUCUGCUCCUUCACAGCCGCAAUUCCCUUUGCCUGGAAUGUCUACAGUGUGCACAAGAACAUCACUGCUCCUUCAUCCAUGACAAACUCUUCAGCAAGGAGAAUCACAAGGAAAGACAGUCUGGGUUUGUUAAUUCUUCUCUGUAAUGCUGGUAUAGGUAUGCCUUUAAUACUGUCUGUUGUUUCAAGUGUUCUGCUGAUUUGGUCUCUAUGGAUGCACACCAGACGGAUGCAAAAUCAUGCAAGUGGCUUCAGGGAUCCCAGCUUAGAGGCCCAUAUCAAAGCCAUCAAGUCAGUCUGCUCCUUCCUUGUCCUUUACAUCAUAUAUUUUAUUUUUGUGCUUAUCAUCGUAUUUGAAGUUUUUUCGCCUUUAAGCAAUGGAGAAUUCAUUUCUGUUGUUUUAAUGGCUAUCUGCCCUGCAGCACACACAUUUGUCUUAAUUUGGAGCAAUCCCAAAUUUCAAGAGCUGCCAGCUAGGAUUUGGCACCACACUAACUGUCAUGUCAGAGCUGCAUCCAUGUAA